CCGCGGCGGGCAAGUUCGAACGGUGGGGGCGGGGACGGGGACAAGGCGCUGCGUGUCGGUUAAGCGCAAGAUUUGAAGCGCGCGGCGGUUGGCAGCGGUGUAGCUAUGGCGCUCCCCGCGCAGCUUCAGUCGUUGGACGCGCUGAAGUACGUUGAGCUGCAGCAGGUCGCCAAGGCGGCCGGCCUGAGGGCCAACCUCCGGGCAGAUAAACUGUUGAAAGCACUGAAGCAACACUUUCAAGGAAGAAUGCAAGAAAAUGAAGAUACGAAUUCUGAAAGAAGUGCAUCUGCUUCAAUGGACUCUGAACUGAGCUGCCAACAGGAAUUUAUGCCUAAUCCAGCACGUUUUGUCACAAAAAGAAGUAAAGAAAAGAAAGCAACCAGGAAAAAGAAGAGCUCUGAUGUGGAGAUUAAUGACUGUGAAGAAAACACAGGGCCCUCUGCUGAAAUGGAGGGGCGUUCUGAAACCAAAGAAAAUGAAGUGCCUCGAGGUGAAUGUGAAAAGCGAAAGAUGUUAUUCCAAAAUGUGGAACAAGUAACUAAAAAAAGAGUUAAUGAGAAUCCAAGCAUGGCUUCUGCUGAGAAGAAGCAAUCAAAGAGAACUUCUAAUAAAAGCACUAGAGCAGAAUGUGAUCCUCAUCGUGCAGGACAGAAGAUUCCCUUACAUGUUGGCAGUGCAUCUAGGCCUGGGAAAACAGGGCUGAAAGCUACUACACCGAACUUUAAAAGGUUGCAUGAAGCUCACUUCAAGAAAAUGGAGUCCAUCGCUGAUUACAUUGAGAGGAAGAAAAAAAUGCUUGAGAACUGCAGCAGUUCCCUCAAUGAAGCCAAGGUGCUGUUGAAAAAACCUAAUCAUUUAAGGGCAUCAGAAAAAGGCACUUCACAUAGUGAUUCUAAGAAACACGCCAGUGGCAAAACACUCCUAUUCAGCCCCAAUCCAGAACGAGGCAGAUUCUCUGGCACCUGCACUCCUAGUAACCUUCGACGUUCACCACGCAGUUUGCUGAACACUGGAAGUCAAAGUAUUUUGUGUAGAAAAUCUUCAUUUAAUCCUUCUGUUCUCUCAACAACCAAAAUGAAUGUCAGGUUCUCUGAAGCCACGAAAGAUAAUGAGCAUAAACGUUCUCUUACUAAGACUCCAUCCAGAAUGUCUCCAUAUGUGGAGGAGAUCUGCACACCUGAUAGCCAGAAGAGCUGUGAGCCCCUAAGUGCAAAAAGCAGCAAGAGAAGCACAAGAAAUAAUGAUCUGCCUGCAUUAAAGGGUAAAGUAGAUGUUAUUACCCCGUUCAAGUUUGCAGCUCAGUCUGCAGAACCCUCAAGCACGAAGAAGAUAUUUGAUCUCAAAGCAAGUCUUUCAAGGCCGCUUCGGUAUCAACCACAUAAAGGGCGACUAAAACCUUGGGGAGAGAUUAAAGAAAAUGCUCCUCCAAAGAAGUCUGUCAAUAGCAGCAUCGCUUCACAUAAGAGAGACUACAAACAGCCACAUCUCCAGACAAGGGAAGACAGGCGGGAGAAGCACGAGCAGGAGAGAAAAAAGAAAAAAGCUCAGGCUCUUGGUAACCGUAGAGGACUAUCUAUGGGUUAGGUAAACUCAGAAAUAUCUAGGAUCUCACUUGUAAAUACUGUUUCUCUCAUGUAAAUAUUUGUGCUGUCUUUGCUUUAGCGUAUGCGUCAGGUUGUUUAUUAGCUAGUAGAAUCCAGACAUGAUUGAGUAAGACCUUAUAGUGCAUCUGAGCAUAAUAUUUUACGGAUCGGCUUCUAAGCUCUUAAAUGUUUAGAACUCUCAUCUCAUUGGAGAACUCUCUCUAGUUGUGGAACCCUCUCUAGCUGGUUAUCGAUAUUUUCUAACAUCGCUAUAUAUCUAAUGUAACUAAAAGAUGUUAAAGGAGAAAAUGCAAGUAGGAAAGAGGAUGCUCAUGGAGCCUCCUAAUGACCUGGUGCAGACUUGGCCAGAAUGUCUUUGUUACCCACUAGAAUGCAUAGUUUGGAUUGUAAGCUUCAAAACAUUCCACUGGUAAAUUAAAAGAAUUGAGACAUCUGCUUGCCCUGUUCUCCAAGUGGAUCUUUACAACCUGUAGCAACUGUUCAGCGCGUCCAGCUGUAGAUCUGUGAAACGGUAGGGAAUCUCCAGGAGAAGAAAUAUGCAUGCUUUCUGGAAAUCUACUAAGUUUACAGAAAACUACAAGGAAUAGCAGAAUUGUGAAAUACUUUUUUUAACAAGGUCACAAUUGAAAAGUGGCUUUACAAAUUAGUACUGGAUGCUUUGAUCAGUUAUGGUUGGGCUUGGUCCUUUCUACAACAAACAGAUGAUUUAAAGAAAAAAAACAGUACUUGAAAGAUGUUAAAAAGAGUGAUGAGACACUCAAUGCCUUAAAUGCAAAAACCAAUGUUAUUAAAAAAAAAUGCACAGAAAAGCUAUUUGGAUGUGUUAUGGAUGAAACGGUGACUGGAAAGAUAACUCAGCAGUUGUAAUCUCAGCAAAUACUAGUACUUCAAUAAUACUAAAUGCUAGUGAGCAAAUACUUCAGUGACUUCAGUGCUGUCAUAUGAAAUGCUGAAAUGUCCAGCUCAAUUUUUUUAUAAAACAGAUGGGGGGGGAAAUAAACAUUUUGUAAUUUUCUUGUUUAUCACUGGUUAUCUAUUGUGACUACCUCUAACUACCUCCUUAGUGGAGCACUAGUUCUGUCCGCACAUGACUCAAUAUCUUUGAAGUAAUUUGCUCUUGUACUGAUUUGCCCACCUAUUCUUACUUGAAUGCGUUGUGAUACCAUGACAAAGGAUAAACCUUGCC